CUAAAAAGACUGAACGAGGUCCAGAGGCUCCAGUUGCAGGAGGUGACAGAGCACUGGAAGGACCUGUGUGCAGCACACAAAACAAGAAAACACAGAGAAAUACCAAUUGGUCGGAGGAAGAAAGACAGGACCUGAUUCGACACUUUAAAAGGUGUGACGUCAGCUCCGGGAAUGAGAGCUCAGACGAGGAAGAGCCCGAGAACCCCCCCCCCAGCUUAUUGAGCGUGCACAAACCCCACUACCUCAUGGAAGUUCAGAUGAUGAAAACGAUGAUUCCAGCAUGGGAUCUGCUGCAGCACAAGGUCUAGGUACCCCUAAACAACUGAGAAUCGGACAAAGGAAAGGGGARAAGAAACAGGUGGAACUGGUGGACGUCCUCCGGGUGUCUGAGAGAAUGGCACGAGAACCCCGGUGGGGACCAAUCCAGACCAGUGAUGGAAGAAAGACCUAUGUGCCUGAAGCAGACCAAAGAGAUUUCCCAGUACCCACGGAGUGGGCUGAAAAGACAGAGGAACAGCUGGAAAUAAAGGUAAGAGCCAAGGUGGGGGAAUGGGCUAACAUAAUAAUGAUGCCGUCUUAUCCCACACUAGCUGCACAUACAAGGUUGACAGCCAAUUUCAGACAAGCAUAUGUGGCUAUUGCCCACGAUGUCAUGCUAAAAAAGAUGAAGAAAGCAGCAAAUAAGUUUGUGAAAAACAUGGCACAAGAGGAGGAAGACGGAAUGCUCUCGGACGAACCAGCACAGCCCGUAAGUGCCCUAGGUCAAAGGGGCCCAGCAGGAGUGCUG